AUGUCUAUUAGUUCUGUGAUUAAGGAUAUUAAGGGUCGUCUCGACGGAAAAGUUGCUAUUAUUACUGGAGCAGGAAGUGGUAUUGGUUUUGAGUCAGCCAUUUUAUUUGCGAGAGAAGGAGCUUAUGUAGUUGCUGCUGAUAUUAAUCUUAAAUCAGCUGAAGCUGUAAUUGAAAGAAUAAAAGAGAAGUUUCCAUUAAAUGUUCUUAGACGUUCCGUUGCUUAUAAGGUGGAUGUUUCCAAGGAAGAAGAAGUAAAAAAAUUGGUCGAAUUCACUUUGAAAGAAUUUGGUAAACUUAAUAUCAUGUUUAAUAACGCUGGAAUAAUGCACCCUCAUGAUGAUAAUUGUCUUAAUACUGAUGAAAAAGUCUGGGAUCUUACUAUGAAUAUCAAUCUCAAGGGUGUUUGGUAUGGCUGCAAAUAUGCUAUCGAAGCAAUGCGAAAGAACACUGAUCCUAAAGGUGGAAGCAUUAUUAAUACAGCUAGUUUUGUUGGAUUAAUGGGCGCCGCAACUCCUCAGUUAGCUUACACUGCUUCCAAGGGUGCUGUUAUUGCAUUGAGUCGCGAAUUGGCCGUUACUCAUGCUCGAGAAAACAUCCGUGUUAAUUCACUAUGUCCUGGACCUUUACGUACUCCAUUACUCAUGGACUUUCUUAAUACUGACGAAAAAAAAAACAGAAGACUUGUUCAUUUACCGAUUGGAAGAUUUGGUGAACCAGUUGAACAAGCUCAAGCUGCCUUAUUUUUGGCAUCCGAUGAAUCAUCUUAUGUCACAGGAACUGAAUUUAAAGUUGAUGGAGGUCUUACUGCCGCAUAUGUGACCCCUGAGGGACCUUGCACAAGCGUGCCACCAAAAAAUUAUUUCAAACCUGCAUCAGAAAAGAAAUAA